GAAUUCUGUAGUGCAAAAAACCAUAACCGAGAAGCUCCAAGCAUACAAAACAAAAAAUGCAAUUCCAGAAGCAUAUGGGAGGUGAUUAGCAAUUCUGAGGAUUUUAACAACACCGUGCCUAUGGUAGCACCACCCCCUCAACCUGCCUUUUCAUUGCUGAAGAUCAGUCAAAGAAUUGUGUGCUUAGUUCUUGAUAAAUCUGGAAGCAUGGCGAGUGGUAAUCGCCUGAAUCGAAUGAAUCAAGCAGCGAAAUAUUUCCUGCUGCAGAUCGUUGAAAACGGAUCCUGGGUUGGAAUGGUUCAUUUUGAUAGCUCUGCCUACGACAAAAGUCAGCUUAUCCAAAUAAUAAGCAGCAAUGAAAGAAACAAGCUCUCAGAGACCUUACCUACAACAGCUUCGGGAGGAACUUCCAUCUGCUCUGGAAUCAAAUCAGCAUUUCAGAUGAUUAAACAUAGUUUCCACCAAACAGAUGGAUCUGAAAUAGUGCUGUUGACCGAUGGGGAGGACAACACUGUAAGCAGUUGUAUGGAGGACGUGAAACAAAGUGGGGCCAUCAUUCAUUUGAUUGCUUUGGGACCAUCUGCUGAUCAAGCAGUAAUAGAGAUGACCAACAUAACAGGAGGACUUCAUCAACUUUCUUCAGAUCAAGCCGAGAAUAAUGGUCUCAUUGAUGCUUUCGGGGCCCUUGCAUCAGGAAACACUGAUAUCUCCCAGCAGGAUCUCCAGAUGGUAGAAGAUUCAAACGGCAUUCUCCAAAAGGCAUUUAAAAGUAUAAUAACAGAAUAUCAAAAAUCAGCUAGAUUCACAGUGGACACAAAUUCCAGAAUGGCCCAUCUCAGUAUUGCAGGAAUUGCAAAGGUGGGCAUUUGGACUUACAGUCUAAAAGCCCAAGUAAGUCCAGAAACAUUAACUAUCACGGUAACUUCGCGGGCGUCAAAUUCUUCUGUGCCUCCGAUCACAGUGAAUGCUAAAAUGAAUAAAGACACAAACAGCUACCCUAGUCCAAUGAUUGUUUAUGCAGAAGUUCAGCAAGGGUACUUCCCCGUUCUUGGAGCUAAUGUGACUGCCUUCAUUGAAUCACAGUCUGGGAAAAUGGAAAGUUUGGAACUUUUGGAUAAUGGUGCAGGUGCUGAUUCUUUCAAGAAUGAUGGGGUCUACUCCAGGUAUUUUAUAGCUUACAGACAAAAUGGCAGGUAUAGCUUAAAAGUGCAGGCUCAAGGAGGAACAAAUGCUGUCACGCGAAGCUUAAGGCAUCCACUGAAUAAAGCUCUCUAUAUACCAGGAUGGGUGGUGAAUGUUCCUCAAUUACCUGUAACUUUUUUUUCCUUAGUUCAACAGUAUAUCAUAAGAACAAGCGGAAGCAUCCUUGAUCUAAGAGACAACUUUGAUGACGCUCUUCAAGUAAACACCACUGAUCUGUUACCAAACGAAGCCAACUCCAAGGAAACCUUUACAUUUAAACCAGGAAAUAUCUCAGAAGAAAAUGCAACACAUAUAUUCAUUGCCAUUCAAAGUGUAGAUAAAAGCAACUUGACAUCAAAAGUAUCUAACACUGCACAAGUAGCUUUGUUUAUUCCUCAGGCAGAUUCAAGUCCUGAUGAAAAUCCUCAGAAUCCUAGUCCUGGUGAAAAUCAUCAUAAUACUGGAGUUAACAUUUCUACCUUGGUGUUGUCAGUGAUUGGGUCUGUUGUAGUUUUCAGUAUUAUUUUAAGUACCACAAUUUGCAUUUUAAAGAAGAAAAAAAAUGUAAGUAGGCCUAGCACUGGUUUUUAACAAAAAUGAAGGAGAUCUGUGAAUUUUUUAAUGUAAUCUGUUUAAUUAUGA